AUGAGUUUUAAUUCUGCGCAACAAUCCGUAUGUGCUGAGAAUAUCCGUUCUAAUUGUCGUACAAGAGGGUAUCUUCCAAUAGAGAAUUAUGGAUUAAUUGGAAAUAUGAGAACAGCUGCACUAUGCGGAACAGAUGGAUCCAUCGAUUUUAUGUGCUAUCCAAAGUUCGAUAGUCCUUCAAUUUUUGCAAGACUUUUAGAUAACCAAAAG